AUGGCUUCAUUUUUUAUGUUGCAGAAAAUGAUAAUACGUUUGUUUCUUCGCCGCCUAACUUGCCUCUCUCUCUUUCUUUCUCUUUCUGUCUCCCUCUUUCUUUCUCUCUCCCUUUCUUUCUUUCUCUCUCCCUUUCUUUCUUUCUUUCUCUCUAUCUCUUUUAUUCUCAUCUCAGUAAGUUGCCCCUCUUUCUUUCUCCGUCUUUCUUUUUCUCACUCUCUCUUUCUCUUUUGCUUUCUUAUUUCCUUUCUCUUUCUCUCUUAUUUAUUGAAAACGUCUCCAUCAAGAAGGCAAGGCUCUUCAAGAAGAGGUCGCAUGAAGCGAAAACGAGAAACCCGUUCUUCUACUGCAGCAGCAGCAGCUGCACAAGCCGCCACAACAGCAGUUUCAGCUGCACUUGUCUCCGUCAACAAUUUUCCCGACAGUAAUUCCAUGGUCGACACAGAUGCUGCUGUCGCGGCAGCCACUGUGGCAGCUGCAGUUGCUUCGUCCACAGCUUCCCCCAACUCAAUGGAAAUGCCUCAGCCACGCAUGCCUUCCCAGGUGAACAGUUCAGGGCCCAACUACAUGCUAAGCCCUUCUAUGGGUCCAACACAGCCUCUGAGUGCCAAAGAUAUGGAUGUCAUCUCUGUAAAACAGGAAGAACUCCACAUGUUUCUGGAUUCCAUCCCAGAUUUCCGUAACGCCGUUAUGGUGCGAGGUGGGCGUUGCAUCAAAUCGAAUUUUGUUCGUGUGGUGAAAGGUGAUAAUUACUUAAAAGACACUUUCUUUACGACAGAAUCAACCCCCCAGCGCCGGAUUGUAUUGGCUAGGGAAACCCUGUAUUGUCGAGGGCGUGGGAAUUGUUUGAGGGCAUGUGGUGGACGAGGACAAUGUGUGGAAGGUUGUCCCAAGAUUUCGGACCGGGCAUCCGGUGGCCAUUACUGCCAUUUUCAGGUGAAAUUAUUUAUGCUGUCCACAUCAGUUGGAACUUGGCAGGUGCGAAUUAUUGGUAGUCAUGAUGGACCAACCAACAGUUGGUCUCCAGAAGGAGAUCUUCCUCCACUUGACAAAGUCUGCCAGCCAAAUAAUGUAAAGCCAGAACUCCUGGAAAUUGAACCUUUUACAGAUCCCGACCAGGUUUGGAACCAAAGCACAGAUCUGGACAACAUGGGAGCCCAACAGCCAACUCUUGAUUACAGCAUGAGCAUAACAGCCGAUCCCAGUGUAACCCACAGUGUGCAGCAAGAAAAUCUCCGAGAGUUCCUUGAUGGCAUUCCUGCCUACUACGAUGCUAUUAUGGUACGAGGUGGCCGCUUCAUCAAAUCAGAAUAUAUCACUGUGGAAAAAGGGAAUCAUUAUAUGAAAGAUAAAUUUUACCUGAAACCAAAUGCUCCUGCCAAAAAUGUACAAGUUGCCCGCGAAACUCUCUUCUGUAGUGGGAGAGGCAACUGUGUCCGACGAUGUGGUGGUAUUGGUGCCUGUAUCAAAGGUUGUUCGCGUACAUCUGAGCGUGCUUCUGGCGGGCACACUUGCUAUUUUCAAGUGAAAUUAGCCAUGUACGCAUCUGCAGUUGGUGUAUGGCAAGUACGCAUUCAAGGUAGCCACGAUGGCCCGGUGGAAUCCUGGGACAAGUCCAUGUGUCGCCCUGAUAUGAUGGGCCCUGUUGAUGCUGAGAUGCUUGACCCCUCUGUUUCGCUUCAAGGUGGAGUCACUGAUAAUUGUAUUGGUGGUGACCUUUCUGGGGGAGACAUGAUGCACACCGAUGGAAUGAAAGUUGAUAUGCAUUCGCAGUCACAAGGCAUGUUACCCCAUGGUGAUGAUAAAUCUUCUGUGCUCUGCCCCUGCCCAUGUGACGGCAGCUGUCAAUCUGAACUGGAAAACCUUCGCCAAGAAAAUACGUCCCUUAAGCUUGAAAUGUUACGUAUGCGUCACAAUAUGUCCACUGGUGCACAAAACAAUUCACUCCCCACUAAUGAGGACAACGGUUUUGUGACUUCAAGAGGUGACUCUUUUAAGCUCAUCGAAGAACUAAAGGAACUUAUCAGAAAAUACGACAGACCUGAAUUCUCUCCAAACUCUCCUGCCUCACCCUCCAAAGAACCUGCCAUGUAUUUGAUGAAGAUGAGAAAUGAAAACUCUUAUGUGACUUUGACUAAGUCAUAA